CGCCUCAGCUCCCUCCUUUCUGAGCUCACAACUGCAGCAGCCGGACCCAAGAAGGAGAAGACUCAGUUCCAGGGCCCAGCAAGAGCAGGAGGGACAGGCCAGCCUCUCUGCCCCACGCCUCUCUCAACAAGCCCCUAAGAGUUUUACCUCUUCUGUCCUGCACUCAGCAUUUCUGGGCAGGACACCCCACUUCUCCCCGAUGAAGCAGACUCACCUGUUUGUGGUGGGGGUCUGCCUGCUGUCCUGCCGGGCGGAGGAGGGGCUGAACUUCCCCACGUACGACGGCAAGGACCGUGUGGUGAGUCUCACGGAGAAGAACCUCAAGCAGGUCCUGAAGAGGUACGACCUGCUGUGCCUCUACUACCACGAGCCCGUGUCUUCGGACAAGGUCGCGCAGAAGCAGUUCCAGCUGAAAGAGAUCGUGCUGGAGCUUGUGGCCCAAGUCCUGGAACAUAAAGAUAUAGGCUUUGUGAUGGUUGAUGCCAAGAAAGAAGCCAAACUCGCCAAGAAACUGGGUUUUCAUGAAGAAGGAAGCCUGUACAUCCUUAAGGGCGAUCGCACAAUUGAGUUUGAUGGCGAGUUUGCAGCUGAUGUCCUGGUGGAGUUUCUCUUGGACCUAAUUGAAGAUCCAGUAGAGGUCAUCGGCAGCAAACUGGAAGUCCAAGCCUUUGAACGCAUCGAGGACCACAUCAAACUCAUUGGUUUUUUCAAGAGCGAAGACUCAGAAUACUACAAGGCUUUUGAAGAGGCAGCUGAGCACUUCCAGCCUUACAUCAAGUUUUUCGCGACCUUUGACAAAGGGGUUGCAAAGAAAUUGUCCUUGAAGAUGAAUGAGGUUGACUUCUACGAGCCAUUUAUGGACGAGCCCAUUGCCAUCCCUGACAAACCUUACACAGAAGAAGAGCUUGUGGAGUUUAUAAAGGAGCACCAAAGACCCACCCUACGCCGCCUGCGCCCAGAAGACAUGUUUGAAACAUGGGAAGAUGACUUGAACGGGAUCCACAUAGUGGCCUUUGCAGAGAGGAGUGACCCAGAUGGCUAUGAGUUCCUGGAGACCCUGAAACAGGUGGCGCGGGACAACACCGACAACCCGGACCUGAGCAUCAUCUGGAUCGACCCGGACGACUUCCCCCUGCUCAUUGCCUAUUGGGAAAAGACUUUCAAGAUCGACCUAUUCAAGCCGCAGAUUGGGGUGGUGAACGUGACAGAUGCUGACAGCGUCUGGAUGGAGAUUCCGGAUGACGACGACCUGCCCACGGCUGGGGAGCUGGAGGAGUGGAUUGAGGACGUGCUUUCUGGAAAGAUAAACACUGAGGAAGACGACAAGGAGGAUGACGAUGAUGAUGAUGAUGGCGACAGCGAUAAUUCUGAUGAGGAGGAGAAUGAUGACAGUGAUGAUGAUGAUGAUGAUGAUGAUGACUAGCUCCGGUUCCACCUGGUUUUGAUGAAAAUGGAAUCCCAGCUCCCCAAUUCCACACGGACAGCACCAGGGGGCAGCCAGCAGCCACAGCCACGCCCAGAUGCUCCUCUCCCUUUCCCAGCAUCCCUCCCCACCCCUUCCCAUCAGGAGCUGUACAGUUCAGCGCAUGCACAUGCCUUUCUCAACCCCGUCACUUCGCUCAGCAAGGACCAUGAGGAACUGUUCCCCUGUGGAUGGUCCUGACCGUCACGGGAAAGCCCUGCUCUCUGUCCGGCCACCCGUGGCCAUAGCAGCGCCGGACUCUGGCGUUCCGGGGAGAGCCCUCCCUAACACCGCUACUCAAGUUUACUGUCUCCUUUGGCUCUGACAGGGCCAGAAUGGACAGCUUGCUAACUCCCAAACACACAGCGGCCGUAUUGUCAUCAGAGCCCAGGGAAUACACGAAAUCAAUCCUGUAGCUCCGUGCCUGGCACAUCAGUGAGACCCUUGCUGGGGAGGCUCAGCCUUGGAGACAGGCCAAUGAGUCAGCUUCUCGUGGCUCUAUGAAGCUUAUUCUUUAAGUGAAGUCAGACCGUUAUGAGCAUAGAUCCAAGCCUUCGGAUGGCUAGCGAGAAGCCUUGUACAAGUGCAUGUGGAUGGAGGUUACUUCCAGUAUGUGGGGCACUGGGUUGGAGGUUAACGUGCCCUGACCUUCCCCGAGGGACAAGCUCAUAUGGGGGGGGGGGGGGGGGGACACUGAAAGAAUGAAAGUUUUUUCUCUUUUCUGAUGGGGCAGGUGAGCUUGGGUCUGGGACACCUCCCCCUUCCCCUUUGGAGAAAGGGUUGGUUUGUCCAGAGGCCAUGUAACUCUCCUUUCACCAGCACCCCCGCAGGACAGGAAACAGCGUUCACAGUGAUGCUCCGGCACUAAAAUAGACAUGUCCAAGUGCCUUCAGAACUCUCUAAAAGUUACAUCGUGCUCGGUAGUUUUAGUGUUCCGUGUGAAUAAGAAUGUUCUAAAUUAUUUUUCUCAAUCUUUUAACAUGUGUAAGACACUGCAAACUCUUCCAAAAUAGGGCAAUCCUUUUAAGGAAUACUAGCUAACUGUCAUUAAAGUCAUAUUUUGAAAA